ACAAGCGGCAGUGAGGACCGGUCUCUGCUGACAAGCCCCAGCUCCAUCACCUGCUCUGCAACAUGAAGGUCCCCACAGCUGCCCUUGCUGUCCUUCUCUGCACCAUGGCUCUCUGUGACCAAGUCUUCUCAGCUCGAUAUGAUGCUGACACCCCAAUCUCCUGCUGCUUCUCCUAUAGCCGGCACAUUAACCGCAGAUUCAUUUCUGACUAUUUUCAGACCAGCAUCCAUUGCUCUCAGCCAGGUGUCAUUUUCCUAACCAAGAGAAACCGGCAGGUCUGCGCUGACCCCAAAGAAACCUGGGUGCAAGAAUACAUCGCUGACCUGGAGCUGAAUGCCUGAGAGGCUUGGAGGCAGUGAGGUGUCCCAAGUCCACAAGAGUACACAGCUAAAGUACAGGUGACCGUCCAAUAGUGAGAUCCAUGGGAAGUAUGUAUACACUCCACAUGGAGAACCCGACUGCAGAGCUUCAGGGACACUUGCCUUUUGGAUAGUCACCGUCAAUUCUGUAGACAUCUUGUGGAAGCAUGACAUUUCUCCCUUCCAAAAUAUCCCAGGAGUGGAUAAAUCGUUCAUUGAGAUAACCUGACUUUUCCUCUGCAGGCAACUGGAUACCUUUUCCCACGCUGUGAAGUUCUGGUUUGAAAACAUUCACUCAGCCAAACCUUUGUUCUAAUAGUGUAAUCUGCAUAAGUUAGUCCCCCACAAUUACCCUUAUUGACAGGAUUCAUUGCCAAUAGUGGAGCCCUAGGCAGGAGGAAUUGAGCACAGUCACAAUAUGUCUGCUCUUACCUGAUAAACAGGUCUGGGUGGCCCUGAAUUCUCUAACAACAGACUCGGGAAGGUGGAAUCUACUGGCCUUUUGCUCUAACCCAACAAGCUAGUAAUAUUCUGUAUUUACCCUUGGUUUCUUGGUUUCAAUUAACACAAUAGCAUAGCCAAGGACAUUAACUGUUUAUGCCUUUGCCACUAGAGAUGCAGGAGAAAGGCUUGAGUCCAUACACCAACCUCAGAAAGAAAUCAGUUCUCACCCGGUGUUGGCAGGCACCCUGCUGGAGCCAGAAGUCUCCAGACUGAUUCCCUUUAACUCAGCCAGCUAGAUACUGUUGAGAAUCAAACACCUUGCCUUCCUCCCAAGCCCGGGAGUAGUUGCUAUGGUUACCAAAGCCUUAUUCCCAGUCACCAGGGAAAGAAGCAGAAAUGUUCAGAAAGCACAGCAGCAGUGCUGGGCUUUUCUACGAUUAUUAACCAUAAGCUUCCAGCUCCACUUAAGAAAUGUAGUUAGUGCAUGAAAAUGUCUUCUUAGAAUUCUGUCGUGAUUUAAAGUCCCAUUCUUAAUCAAUCCUCCCGAUAUCUGCCAGGGAGUUUCCUAGUCAUGCCUCUCCCUCUGAGAUGUAAGAAGAGGCUUCCUGUAUCUGUUUCUGUGAGUCUGUGAAAGGCAUGCUUGAUACUAUUGUAACUGCCUAUCAAAUUGUUAAUUUGUCUGUAUGAUAUAAAAAAUGAAAGUCUUGUGGGGAAUGAUCCUUUUCCUUCCUCGCCCAAAGAAUAAAGAAACCUGCAG